GCUGCGGGGCUGGCGCGGCGCGGGCGGGCGCUGAGCCGACGGGCGGCGACCGUGGGUCGCCCGCUGUCGGCCGAGGCUCGCGCCCUGGCCAGGGCGCAGACGCUGCAGGCGCUGGCGGAGGCGCUCCCCGAGGCCGCGAGCGGCGCCUUCGGCGAGCCGUUUGGUUUUCGCCGGCGGGGGAGGUCGCCCUCCCCGAGCAUUGGCGCGACAUCCGCCAGCGAUGUCGCAGGCGGCCGUCGCCAGCGUGCCAUGCUUUGCCGCUCCGAGUCUCGCCUCCGCGUGCACCUCGAGAGGGCAGUGGGGGCGUUGUGGGGCGGCCCCGCCCCGCGGGAGGCGCGGGCGGUCACGCGGGCCGUGCGCGCGGAGUGCCAGCUGGACGUGGUCCGCCCCAAGGGCCUCGCGAUGUCUCGGGGGAAGGGCGUCGACGACGUCGCGGGCUCCGCGCCGGGCGCCCUCCUCGCCGACUACUUCGAGGGGGCCUUCUGCGCCGGCGAGGAAGCGAUGAGGCGCGGCGUGGCUUUGUUCGCGCUCAUCUCGCUGUCCACCUACCUGCGCCUGGGGCAGCCGCUGGGGGUCCGCGGCUCGGGGCUCGCCCCCCCGAAGGCGGGGGCGACGGCCCGCUGGUCGCUGCAAGUUCAGCUAGAGGAGCGAGCCAGCCGCCGCAAGCUCGGCGAUGCCAGCGUCUCGGCCCCCCUGGGCUCGGUCUUGGCCGCGUGGAUGGGGCCAGCGCUCGAGCGCCUCGAGGUGGCGACGGGCGACGGGCCGCUGGGGGCUUCCGACUGCGUGGAACUGCCGAAGAAGUUUCGCCGUGUGGCGCAGGCCGUUCCCAUGCCCAAGCUGGUGCCGUGCCGGGCUUGGCUUCCAUGCUCAUCCAUCGAUGCAGCUCGGGCGGUGCGGGCGCUGGUGGACAUCAAGAUGAUAUGGAAGUGGCGCAGCGGCAAGGGUUUCUUGCGGUUCGAGUGGCGCGCGCGUCUCGCCGUCGGGCACCACGGGCGCCCGAGCGCAGUCCAGAGGUGGGAUGCCGAGUGCGGGCGACGAGCAGAGGGGCGCCAGGGCGCGAUUGGCGCGCGCUUCGCGGGCGCCUUCGCAGGCAAGGGCGGCGUCGCCAAGGCCGUCAAGAGGCGCUGCUUCCAGGCGCGCGUCGGCGAGAG